UCGAGAGCCCGUGAGCGCGCAAAAUCAGCUGGUCUGUGUAAUCAGGCGUGCACCUUCAUAGAAAUACACGGUGUUUGACCAUGCAACAGUAGUGGUAAAACGUAGGAAGUCGCCACAGUCCCUUAUCAACAAGGCAAGAAGGAGGUAACGUGUUUAGUACUGUUCUCUUCCACUCAAGUUCGGCGUCGAGUACUGUGGUCGGGAUAGAAGAUCUGGUAUUACCUGUAGCGACGCACACACGCGAGGAGCAAGGAAGGCAUAUCUUAAGGCACCAUACCUCGUGUACCAUAUCUCUAUAUAGUUUAAACUACGGCAACUAUAUCCUUGAACGCGCGGGCCUUUCUUACAGUGCCAGGUAAACAGGAGGAGACGGAGAGUGAUUAGUAGUUCAUCUCCGUAUUUAUUAUAGUUCGAGGACUUCUUGAGUUCUUUCUCACCUGUGGACCUGUAUACACCUUGACUCACCAACACAACAACAGACCAUGGCUUCGACAGUAACACAGAAAGAUACUACGUUCACCAAAAUCUUCGUGGGAGGACUGCCUUACCACACAACAGACAAUACACUACGGGAAUUUUUCGAACAAUUCGGAGAUAUUGAGGAGGCGGUAGUGAUCACAGACAGACAGACAGGCAAAAGCCGAGGAUACGGUUUCGUGACGAUGUCUGACCGCGCUGCCGCAGAGAGGGCGUGCAAGGACCCCAACCCCGUCAUCGACGGGAGGAAAGCCAAUGUAAACUUGGCCUACCUGGGGGCCAAGCCAAGGAUCCCGGCAGGUACGCAGCCCAAUCAAAGUUUCCAAGCAUUGGCAGCCGCCGCCGCUUUUAAGGCGUACCCCGGACUAAUCGGAGCGCAGUAUGGUGUGGCUUCGAAGAUAACCCUUAAAAGCAGUGCUGACUCUGAGUGCUGGAAAUAUCCUGGAAAAACAUGGCGAACACACUACUCGUCCUCCGCGGCAAACCCAAGACUGCCUGCACAGUACAUCUAUCCGUCGUACAUGACAGCACCUACAAGUGUCAUGGCCGUCAGUCCACACUCGCCACUCUCACCGACCGGUGCCCCAGGACAGUACGCAGCCUUCGAUUAUGCAAACGCCGCAGCCGCAUACGCAGCAGGACAGUACCCCAACGGCCUUCAAGACCCAUAUGCGACCAUUUCACCCACAGCCGGAUACGUAGCCCCAACUGCAUACACAUAUGCCGCAUUUCCACAACCAAUCACAUCCCCCGCCGCAGCCACUCCCACCCUGGCCGCAGCCUAUCAGCCACAACAGAUCCAGGAGCGACUACAAUAAUGAGCUGUGAUUGGUUAGAACUGUUGACAGUUCUGCAGCAAAUGCACAAGAAGGGAUGACACAUCAAUUUUACCAUUCUUCUUAUUAUAUUAUAUUUAACAUUUUUUUUACAAAUUUUUUUAUUAAUUUUUUUUAUUUUUUUUUUGCAAAGUUGCACCAGUUGAGACUGCAUCUGUUAUGUUAACAAGCUCAAAGAAUUUAAGGACAGACAUUAGGAUCAGGGAGGCAUUCAAAGCACUGUUUGGCUCAGGAACUCAUGGUUUGCUGACUGGAAUCUCCUCAUAAUGACACCUUUCUCCUACAGAUGAACGAUAAAC